GAGAAGUCUACGCAGGUGUUUACGUUCACCCACUUCCGUAGCUACUCAUAGCGGAAUAACGUUUCUCGUCUACCGUUUGUUCCAUUGUUUUUAGAGAAAAUAUUCGGUCAUGUUUCACUUUUUAAACACAAGCAUGAAAGAUGCCUGGCAGAUAAAUAUUAUGAGAAUCGUCUGCUGUCCAUUGUAGGCGCUGUGUCGUGACUUUUCCUCGUCAGUCAUCGCAGGCGAAGCUAAAGCUAAAGCUGGUGGUGUGUUAGCUGCGGGUCAGCGGCAGUGGGCAUAAUUUGAUAAAUCGUCGCCUGAUCCGUAUUUGUCCAGUGUUAAUUUAGAUCUCUAACAAGGCAGUCAUGGCCACUAGGCGACUGACCGAUGCCUUCUUGUUAAUGCGGAACAAUGCAAUCCAAAACCGGCAGAUAUUGGCUGAGCAAGUGAGUACAUACGACCCCCGUCUGAGUACACGUAGCAAUGCUGCGGAGCUUGAUGAGCUGGCUGACGAUCGAAUGGCCCUGGUGUCAGGGAUCAGUCUGGAUCCUGAAGCUGCCAUUGGAGUCACAAAGAAACUGCCACCCAAAUGGAUAGAGGGUGUAGAUGAGAUCCAAUAUGAAAUCACACGGGUUCGGCAGAAGAUGAAGGAACUGGCGAUACUACAUGACAAGCACAUGAAUCGUCCUACACUUGAUGACAGUAGUGAAGAGGAGCAUGCAAUAGAAAUCACCACUCAGGAGAUCACACAGAUGUUUCAUCGAUGCCAGCGAGCUGUGACAGGUCUGCAGUCUCGUUGUGGUCACUGCACAGAGCAGGAGGAGAGGCUCCUUAGAAAUGUGGUCUCAUCGCUAGCCCAAAGUCUUCAGGAGUUGUCCACCAAUUUCAGACACACGCAGUCCAGUUACCUAAAACGUAUGAAGAAUCGUGAGGAGAGAUCAAAGCACUUUUUUGACUCCGGGCCCCUUAUGGAAGAAGAUGAAGAUUUGGCCCUAUAUGACAAGGGGUUCACAGAUGACCAGCUGAUGCUGGUAGAGGAAAACACAGUCAUGGUUGAGGAACGAGAGAGGGAGAUCCGACAAAUAGUGCAGUCUAUCUCAGACCUGAAUGAAAUUUUCCGAGACUUGGCUGGAAUGGUGGUGGAGCAGGGCACAGUUCUUGACAGAAUUGACUUCAACGUGGAGCAGGCUUGUGUUAAAACAGAAGAUGGACUUAAACAGUUACAAAAGGCGGAACAGUAUCAGAAGAAAAACAGAAAGAUGCUGGUCAUUUUGAUCCUGUUUGUCAUAGUUGUUGUUCUAAUUAUUAUUCUUUUUGGAACGAAGUUUUAAUAAUGCAUUCCUCUGGAUUUUGAUUGUCUGUGUGGGUGUUUGUUGUGCAUCUGUGUGGACUUGGACUUGGCCUCAGUUCUUCUGGAAACAAAGCUGACUGCCUUUCAUACCCACCAGGAAAUGAAGAAAAAAAACCCCUCCUGUCUCCACGGGUGCACUUUGGUCUGUGUGGAAGUCUUCAGUUGUUUGUUUAAAUGAAAAGAAAUGAUCAACAAUCAGUAAGAGCUAUUAGCUAUUUUAUGACGUGAAGACCCAAAUCAAAAAGACUGAUGGAGAUUUGUAGAACUGGACUGUGUUGACAUAUGUGUCUUAAAAGAAAACACUGUCGUGUAUUAAAAUGGACUGAAUCUGUUUAAAUGCUAAAGCAGAGGUCUAUCUGCUUGAACUCAAAGCACGAACUGUAACAUUUGUUGUGUAACAAUACUUUGUUUCUGUCCAAUAUCAUCACAAACAUUUUUGUUUUUGUGAGGAAGCUGCCCAAAAAAACAAAAGUGUUUGAAAAGAAAUGUGAAUUUCAACAUGACAUUUAUAUCCUGGCUCAGUAUUUCACAUUUAAAGACAGAAAAUAAUAUAUUACAGCAGUACCAGAUAGAUUAGUCAUUCAGUACCAAAUAUAUUCCUUCAAAAAAAAAAAAAGGACCACAUUUCUUUUUUUAUUACUUUACUCCCUGAUGUAUAGAUUAUUCUAACUCCACUGUUGGUCUGGGGAGGAUGUAAACAGCCAUCCAGUUCUUCAUUUAAAGUGUCACAUCUGCUGCACUCUUCAUCAAGUGCUCCUUUUUAAAACACUUAAAUUGUUUUGUUUCAUAAGGUCCUUGCAUAAAGUGCUACCUUUUUUAAACUCUUGCAGUUUGCACAUUAAGGCCUGAGGGUGAAGGUGGCUGUGUUAUGGAUGUAAUACUACUGUCAUCUGUAUGAUGAAAAGAUUUAUUUAUUUUGUAAUAAUGUCAAAUAAUCAAGAGCUGCAGAGAUGUUCUGUUUAAUGCAGAAUUACUGUAUAAUGAGUAAAGAGUGUCUGUUGUCCAAACUAAACUGUUAUUGUCCUUUCCAUUUAGGAAAACUGAUUUUUUGGCACAAGCAAACUUGUUUUUUUUUUGUUUGUUUUUUCUACCUUUUCCUAUCGGACGCAUUCAAUUUUAUUUAGCCGUGUUGGAAAUUAUUCACAUAUCCUUGUGUUCUGUAAAGACAGACACACCAAAGUGAUGAAGAGAUCUAAACAUAUCCAUGCUCAAAUCUACACUAUAGACACUCGUUUAAUCAUCUCUGUCAUUGAUGUGAAGUUGUGUGAAACGGUUUAUGUCCUAGUGGUACUCUUACGUUUUGUUUUCAAUGAAACAGAUGAGAGCAACUUGUUUUUCUUUUUUAAAUAAACCUGGAACAUGA